UUCAAUACCUCUGUUUAUUCAAAUAUUGACAUAUUCAGCCAUAUUAUAUCACAGAGUAAUACGUGUAUAGCUCGUAUAUCAUGAUAUUCGGUUUAAAUAAUAUCAUAACACAGUUUAAUAGUCAGUGUAAACGGGAGGAUGUGUUUAAUUGUCUUUUUAUCCGCUGAAGAAAGUAGGAAGAGAGAGCUGCCCUCACUAAACAUGGCGGCGCCCGGCUUCACGGCCUCAUCCAGGUCCCCGUUGUAUCCAACGCGCGGGCGUGAAGCCGCUUUGCCAGCAGUAUGUUUAACCUCUGACCUCCUGAGUGUGCCAGUCCUCCGCCAUAUUGACUGUUGUCUUGACUGAGGAGAUAGAGAACAUUUCGAGGUCCGAGAAGAAGCGAAAGAGUUCUCCUCGAAUCACACAAACUGGUGCAAACUCGGCCAAAGCGUUUUUUAAACCAGCACCGCGAUGGCGAGGAAGAAGAGCAAGCAGCAGGCCGUCGCUCAGAAGGAGCUGGCGCCCGGACAGCAGCCCGCCCCGAAGAGCCCCGGCUCCCCGGGAGAUGCAGCUGACGGCGGCGGCGGGGAUGCGGGUCUGGACCGGCUGGCGACGGCCAGGGCGAACCAGCCGAUGCACACCUGCUGCCUCCUGUGCCACCGAGAGUUCAAGGACUGGGGGGCGAGCUCGGUGAACGGGCUCCCCGGCGGCGGCCACGGGACCAAGCUGGCCGACGCCGUGCCGGCGCUCUCCCAGGCGCUGCUGCGGGAGGCCCCGGGGCGCAAGCUGGCCGACGCCGUGCCCUCGCUGUCCCAGUCUCUGCUGGGAGAUGUUCCCCUGUGGAUCUGCCAGAGCUGCUGCAAGAGCGUGGAGGAGGAGGAGCGGCGGAGCACCCAGGAGCAGCCCGCGCCGGUACCGUUGUCACACUCGUCCUCCUGCAAGUCCCAGAGCUGUGGCAACGGGUACCCCGAGCAGAGCGCGGUGGACUGGGACCCCAGCUCCUUCCUGUCCGCCCACAAGCUGUCCGGCCUCUGGAACUCUGCCCACACCAACGGAGGAGAGCACUGCACCCACAACUCUUCUUCACACUCACAAGGUAUAGCAGCAGCAGCAUCCGCCUGUCACGAGAAGCGAGGGCUUCACGAAGCUCCGGGUAAAUCGGCGAAGGCGUCGGGCGCUAAAGUGUGUCCCUACAGCCACCCGUCAGCCCAGAGCCCCGGUGGCUCCGCCUCCUCCGCCGGGAACCCCCUGUCUACCUCAGCAGUCCUUUGUAAGACCACUCCCAAGCACUUCAAGACCAUGUGCCGCCGGCCAACGCCUCCAGGUGAAGCCUUCCACCCCGGAGACCACCAUCCACACACGGACCUGUCGGUUCCCCCCAACAGCCCCACCGGCCUCUCCUCCCUCCUGCCCCCCAAGCUGAGCUCGGGGCAGCACGGCCACGUCACGUCGUCCUCGGGCUCCGCGGCCCACGCUCCCUUCUCCCCGCUGGCGCCGGCCCUCCACGGCCCCUCGGCCAAGCUCGGCCCCCCCGGCCCCACGUCGGUCCACAAGCCCGGUCCCUGCAAAAACUCCCACAUUCCUGCCGUGAACACGCCACACGGCAAACUGGGCGCGUCCCUCAUGGGCUGUAACCACCCGUGUAACGGCCACGGCGCGGGAACGCCGGCUCCGCCGAGCGCGGGCCACCCGGCCGCCGGCGCCUGCAGGGACCAAGCGUGCAAGGGGCACAAAAUGAGCAACGGGACGUUGUGCCACCCCUCGUCCGAGCUGGAGGACGGAGAGGACGAGGACAGCAGCUCGGAGAGGAGCUCCUGCGCCUCCUCCUCCACCAACCAGAAGGACGGGAAGUACUGCGACUGCUGCUACUGCGAGUUCUUCGGACACAACGCGCCUCCGGCGGCGCCGACCAGCCGCAACUACGCCGAGAUCCGAGAGAAGCUGCGGUCCCGGCUGACCCGGCGCAAAGAGGAGCUGCCGCCGCGCCAGGACUCGGACCCGGCGGUGGCGAGCGCCAUCGACAACCGGGACGUAGACGAGCUGCUGGACUUCAUCAACAGCUCCGAGCCCAAACCCGUCAACAGCGCCAAGGCCGCCAAAAGAGCCCGGCACAAACAGAAGAAGAAGGAGAAGGCUCAGCAGGGCCCGGGCGCCGACCCGUGCGAGCCCGUCGACGACGACGACGAGCUCAUCGCCGACGGCUCCGAGGCCAGCCGGCUGCUGGACUGGCCUCAGCUGGAGCUGGAGCGCGUCAACAGCUUCCUCACCAGUCGGCUGGAGGAGAUUAAGAACACCAUCAAAGACUCGAUCCGGGCCUCAUUCAGCAUGUACGACCUCAACCUGGAUGUGAACGACUUCCCAAAGAAGGCCGCCACGCUGGAGGGCAACCACUUGCUGUCGCAUCUCAACGGGUCCUCCGACCUGCAGCAGAUGGACCUGGACCUGGCGCCUCUGUCACUGGGAACCUUUAAGAGCCACUUGGACCUGGUGAACGGAUGGGAGGACACCAGCACAGGCUCCUCCCCCAACACCACCGCCACGUCCACGGCUUCAGGGGUCGCCGCCGGACCCAAGGACAUCCAGCGGUUGCACACGACCCCGAGUCUCUCGAAGCUCAUACGGGUUCGGUCCCCGGAGAGAUACGCUUCCUCCGGGUCCGACGGUUUGCCGCCGGCGCCGGCUCAAGCGACGGCGAAGUCAAACGAGGACGCGCCCAAGAACACGACCGCCGGGGCCGCCGGGGCCAAGUCAAAGAAGAAUAAAAAGCAGCAACGGCAGGAGCAACUCGUGUCGGAGCCAAACGCCAAAAGAGCAACCAAAGCGGGGAGCGGCGAGUGCAAAGAAGCGUCUUCUCACGGCUCAAAGGCCGGAAACAAGCCGGCGCCCGCAGAGCCCCAGAGGAACGGACCCAAGAGGGCCGAGGAGGGCCGCUCCUCCAAGCAGGCCGGGGCCAACCGGGGGAGAGCCGACGCGGGAGGAGGCCGCGGCGAGCAGGAGGCCGACAGCAGAGCGCCGCCCGCUGCCAGGGCCAAGAACAAGAAGAACAGGAACAAGGGGGAGCGGUCCAGCAGCGCCAUCGAUGAUGUGUUCCUCCCGAAAGAUGUCGAUCCAAGAGAAAUGGAUGAGAUCGAUCGGGAAGUGGAAUACUUCAAAAGGUUUUGCCUGGAUUCUGCUAAACAGACCCGGCAGAAGGUAGCAGUGAAUUGGUCCAACUUCUGCCUCAAAAAGGUUCCUUCCAGCGCAGCUCAAUAACGUGGCCGAGUGCCAGAGACGAACUCUUUCAGUAGAGCCGUGAGGCCGAGGCCUUCUCAUUCCCGCCUCCUGCUCCGAGCCGAGGGACCCGGUUCUCGCUCAGAGGACCGGACCGGCUCGUGGCCGACCGUACCUUCGCUCUUCUUGCAAUGUUCACGAAAUGAGAUGCAGAAUGGAAGCGAGUCUGUUGAGUCCGCUGCAUCCAUGUGCUUACGUAUGUAGUCUGUAAACAAUUACCGUACAUGAAAUAAAUGUUUUUAUCACAAAUCUGAGACAUUUUAACGUCGUUAAACUUCUGAAUUAUCGGUUAACUUUGGUGGACAUCGUGCGGUCAGUGUCGCUAGUUUCAAGCUCGCUCCACCGAUCAUCGAGGCGAGAGAGCGUUUCGUCUUUUACUGUCAACAACAACAACGUGUUCACUCCAUGGGGCGGCAGCUGGACUCCAACAGACUGCAAUGCAUUCAUUGGUCUCUUGAUAUUUAACUGUGAUCAUCUCACGAUGUGGUCAUUGUCCAAAAUGAAAUGAUAAACAAUUGGUGACCUGCUGCACUCGUAUGAAAUGACAACGAUGCAUCUCAAACCUGAAGCCGUUGACGUAGCAGUGGACCCUCUGAGCGCCGUCCCCGUCUGUUGCUUCGCUGUCGCCCUCUCCCGGUGUUUAUCUUGAAUUAUAUCUUUUAACGGUGAUAACCAAAAUACACUUUGCCAUCUGUAGAUCAAAGUAAUCCACCCCGGUUUUCUCUCCACUGUUCCAUUGGCCUCUCCAUCCCGGCAGCGACAGGUACACCAUGUGCAAUGUUCAUGUUGACGUUGCAACCAUCGACCGUUGUUCACCGUUCAUUUCCAUGCUUGUACAUACUGAGUGAUUAUUUAGGGCCCUUUUGAGCCUUUUCAUGCGUUUCUCUGGUUGUGUGUGAGAUGCGUUCAACCGCACGACUCGUUCCCCUCUACUGUGACCUUGGUGGCGCCCUGUACUUCAGCUCGCCACCCGAGUCCUGAUCCUCUCCCGAUGACAAAUAUCCCUGACGACUUGAUCCCUUUGGGCCGAGGGCCUUGGGAUUCACCCCGGGGACCAUGUGUAUAGCGGAAGGGUUUCAUUGAGGUGAAUUAUUUCUUUCCUGAACCUGUACUGAGAUUUUGUUUUCAUAUGACAUCUCCGAUGCUUUCCAGGUUAUAUUCAAUUAGAGAGAUUAUCUUAAUGUGUCGAAUGUAGAUUUAUACUAUAUCAAUAAUAGCCAAGUGUAUGUUGGCUUGUUUCUUUUUUUUCACUUUUUAUACUGUGAAAAAUCUUUCGUUCCGAAAGAUUAAAAACAAUACAGUUUUGACAAAAACAAA